ACAAGGGAAAGAGCCGGCUUUACCACCACCCACCCGGAAAAGGGGAUAUGUCACAUGGAACUCUCAAAUGGACAGCAUUCUCACUUCAACACUCUAUGACCAAAUUAACGAAGGAAAUAAGGGCGAUGGAGAUUUCAAGUCCCAAGCCUACCAAGCCGUGGUAGAUAAGUUGAGGGCGGAAUUAGCUAUGUCUGUCACUAUAGAUCAUGUCAAGAACCGGAUCAAGGUAUGGAAGAGACACUAUGCUAUUAUCUCCGACAUACGUACCCGCACCAAAUUCAAAUGGGAUGAAGAAAAGAAAAUGGUAGUGAUACCCAUAGAAGACCUCAAAGAAUGGCAGACAUAUUGUCAGGAAGUCCCAGUCGCCUCUGCUUAUCUGAACAAAUGCAUCGAAAACUGGGACGAUAUUUGCACAUUAUUUGCAAUGGACAGAGCUAAUGGUGAAGGAGCAGAGCAGCAUGAUGAAUCAGCUACUGCAAUGGAGACUGAAAAUGAAGUUGGGAGUACUUCCGAAACAACAUCCGGAGAGUCAAACAAAAGGUUGAAGAGAGACCGUCUUGCUGAUGCGGUUAGUAGUUUUGCUGAAUCUUUCAAGGAGUAUGUGAGCAAGGCACGAAAUCCUCCAAGACCAACUAGCCAAGAGAUAUACGAGGUGGUGUCUAGCGUUCUAGGUUUGUCUCGUCACCAAGUCUUAAGGGCGGUCAAGCGUUCGUUAAUGGCACAAAUGAUGAGUUCGAUAUGCUCAAGAACUUACCGGAUGAUCAAAAAUUAGAUUGAAUUUUAUUAUGUAUU